GUAGGUACCUACCUACCUAUUUAAUUUUUGGAAAAGUAAAAAUAACAUUUUUCUUUCUCUUUUUGCUCAUGACUCCAAUAUUACUUACCUAAUUAAUCCUCGCAUUUUUUUUACAUAAUUUGAUUUUGAUGAAUAAAAUGGAAGCUGAUGGUGAAAAAGAACAUUUGUUAAUCAAUCAAGCAUCCAAGGCUGCUGGAGUAAAAUGCGAUAUUGUGAAUGAAUGUCAAAUGUUUUUAAAAGCUGAGGAAGGUGGAGGAGAUGCACACAAAAUUAUGGGGGAUAAUAUUGUAGCAGAGACUGAAAAAAGUAAAAAUAACUUUAUAAAUCCACCGCAGCCUGAAAGUAAAGAAAUUUCAUCAGAGGAAGCCUUACAUUCAAAUCCAGAUAAUGAGAAUGAAGGUAAUGGCCGACAGUCUUUGAAUGAUAGUGCUAAAGCUCAAGGGGCAGAGUCCCCGGAUUUAAGACAAGAUGGAUUACCAAAUACUGUUACAGUGCUAGAUGCACCUAAUGGUGGUAAAGUGUACUUGGUUGGAACUGCACAUUUUAGUUUGCAAUCUCAAGAGGAUGUUUCAAGGGUCAUUCAAGAGGUAUCCCCACACAUAGUCAUGGUUGAACUCUGUGAGCAAAGGACCAAUAUUUUAUUACUUGAUGAAGAGGUUAUUUUAAGAGAAGCUAAAAAUAUUAAUAUUAAGAAAAUUAGGGCAACUAUGGCUCAAAAUGGAGUAUUCAAUGGUUUAAUGUACAUAUUGCUUUUAAAUAUGUCGGCAAAUAUCACCAGGGAAUUGGGAAUGGCACCUGGUGGCGAGUUUAGAAGAGCAAUGGCUGAGGCUAAAAAAGUUCCAAAUUGUAUAGUCCAAUUAGGGGAUCGUGCUAUUGACAUCACCCUGCACAGAGCAAUCGCAUCUCUGUCCUGGGGACAAACAAUUCGGUUCAUUUGGCAUUUACUUACGUCUAACCAAAGUAUAAGUUUAGAAGAAGUAGAGAGAUGCAAACAGAAAAAAAUGCUAGAAGACAUGUUGGAAGAAAUGGCGGGCGAGUUUCCCGCGCUCAAGCGCGUGUUCGUCGUCGAGAGGGAUAUGUACCUGUGUCACUCGCUGCAAGUCGCCGCUUUGCAGACACGUAGGGAACCAUGUCGUAUUGUGGGUGUGGUUGGUAUCGGUCACGUGGCCGGUAUCGUCGACUAUUGGGGCAAGAUCACACCGCAAGAUAUAACGCCGUUGCUUGUCGUGCCGCCCCCCUCCCUGUCGACGCGCAUCAUCCGCCUGUCGGUGCGCGCGGCGUGCGCGGGCGCGCUGCUGUACGCCGGCUACAAGCUCGUGCCGCGCCGCUGGCUGCCGUGAUGCACGCGCACGGUGAAUCCAUGAUAAUCGGAUUGGAAAUAUUUCGGAACUAUAAAAUCGACCAAGUCGAUGUCUUUUGAAACGUAAAAAUAGUUAUACAUUAAAAGGGCCUACGGUUAGACCGAUACUAUAUUUUUGAGCUUAUUGUUCUCUGUUAUUUUCUAUUUAAUUCCAAUUUGCUUUAUAGAUAGGGAGGCGAAGAGGGGAAUUUUCUGCAAUACUCAAGCGUGGCAGUUUAAGAUAUGAGAGAUACCUUAGACCUAAUAGAACA